UUAGCUGCUAUUCUCCAACCUUCUCUCGCUCCAAUCCCACAUUUCCCUUAUAAACUCCCAAAUCUCUUUUUCUCUCGACAUUUCUAUGCUCAGAACACUGCUUUUGUGUUCCUCAACUCGCCACCGCUUCUUACAUGGUCUCAACUCACUAAGAACACACUGCUAUUAUUCAUCUACUACCCACUCAACCAAGAGUUCUUCGUUUUUGGGUGUUUUUUUCCAACAUCGUUGUCUUCGAAGACCCAUACACUCGGUGAGAGUUUUAGCUAUGGCAGAGCAGUCUUCGCAGCCGACGAAGAAGCAUAAGCAUACCAAUCGUCUUGCCUCGGAGCACAGUCCUUAUCUACUCCAGCACGCUCAUAACCCGGUGGAUUGGUAUCCAUGGGGCGAGGAGGCUUUUGCUGAUGCUCGCAAAAGAGAUGUGCCAAUCUUUUUAUCGAUUGGGUACAGCACUUGUCAUUGGUGCCAUGUAAUGGAAGUUGAAUCUUUCGAGAAUGAAGAGGUUGCUCGUUUGCUGAAUGAUUGGUUCGUUAGUAUCAAGGUGGAUCGUGAAGAACGUCCUGAUGUGGACAAGGUUUACAUGACAUAUGUGUCGGCUUUAUAUGGUAGUGGUGGCUGGCCACUGAGUGUCUUCCUUUCACCUGACUUGAAGCCUUUGAUGGGCGGGACUUAUUUCCCUCCUGAUGAUGCUUAUGGAAGACCUGGGUUUAAGACCAUACUUAGGAAAGUGAAGGAAGCCUGGAACAGUAAGAAAGAUGUGCUUGUACGGAGUGGGGCUUUUGCCAUUGAGCAAUUAUCAGAAGCCUUGUCUUCUAGUGCAAGGUCCAAUAAAAUAUCAGAUGGGCUUCCACAAAAAGCUGUGCGCGAGUGUGCUAAUCAGUUGGCUGAAAACUAUGACCCAAAGUAUGGAGGUUUUGGUUCAGCUCCAAAAUUCCCCAGACCAGUUGAGAUCGAGUUAAUGCUCUAUCACUCAAAGAUGCUGGUAGGGGAAGGAAAAUCUGAUGAAGCCAUGAAAGUACAAAAAAUGGUGAUGCACACAUUAGAGGGCAUGGCAAAGGGGGGUAUUCAUGAUCAUGUAGGAGGUGGUUUUCACAGAUAUAGUGUCGAUGAAUGCUGGCAUGUGCCACAUUUUGAGAAAAUGUUGUAUGACCAAGGGCAGCUCGCUAAUGCAUAUCUUAAUGCUUUCUGCAUCACAAAAGAUGUGUUCUAUUCCAGUGCAUGCCGUGAUGUUCUUGAUUACUUGAGGAGAGACAUGAUUGGUCCCACUGGUGAAAUAUUUUCAGCUGAGGAUGCAGAUAGUUUAGAAUCUGAAGAUGCAUCUAGGAAGAAGGAGGGUGCAUUCUAUGUCUGGAGUAGCUCUGAGGUUGAACAUGUAGUUGGAGAGGAUGCGACUAUUGUUAUGGAUCAUUACUACAUAAAACCUUCUGGUAACUGUGACCUAUCAAGGAUGAGUGAUCCUCAUGGUGAAUUUAAGGGUAAAAAUGUGCUAAUAGAGAGAAAUGCCACUUCGGCAAUGGCAUCAAAACAUGGUCUGCCUGUGGAGAGAUAUCUACAUUCAUUGGGAUCAAAUAGAAGAAAACUCUUCGAGGUGAGAGCUAGACGUCCUCGGCCACACUUGGAUGAUAAGGUCAUUGUAUCAUGGAAUGGACUUGUGAUCUCGUCUUUUGCUAGAGCAUCUAAGAUUUUGAAGGGGGAACCUGAAGGAACAAACUUCUACUUCCCUGUUGUUGGCACCCAACCCAAGGAGUACAUGGAGGUGGCUGAGAAGGCUGCAUUAUUUAUUAGGAAAAACCUUUAUAAUCAGCAAACACGCAGAUUGCAGCACAGCUUCCGUAAUGGACCAUCUAAAGCACCUGGGUUUUUAGAUGACUAUGCUUUUUUAAUAUCGGGUCUGCUUGAUCUCUAUGAGUUUGGUGGUUCAAUCUUUUGGCUAAGCUGGGCACUUGAACUACAGGACAUGCAGGAUGAGCUCUUCCUUGAUAAAGAGGGAGGGGGUUAUUUUAAUACCCCCGGAGAAGAUCCUUCUGUUCUUCUUCGUGUGAAAGAAGACUACGAUGGAGCUGAGCCAUCUGGAAAUUCCGUUUCGGUAAUCAAUCUUGUGAGAUUGGCCUCCAUGGUUGCAGGUGGGAAAUCUGAGCAUUACAGAGACACUGCCCAGCAUGUUUUGGCAGUUUUCGAGAAGAGAUUGGAAGGCACCGCUCUAGCAUUGCCUUUGAUGUGUUUGGCUGCUGACAUGCUCGCUGCUCCUUCAAGGAAGCAGGUAGUCAUAGUCGGGCCAAAGGGUUGCGAUGACUUUGAAGACCUGAUCGCUGCUGCUCAUGCCGCUUAUGAUCCCAACAAGACGGUAAUUCACAUCGACCCUUCUGAUGUCGAAGAGACGGGAUUCUGGGAGGACAUGAACGCUAAUAUUGCCUCAAUGGCGAAAAGCAAUUCCGCUGCUGACAAGAGCGUUGCACUCGUGUGUCAAAAUUUCACGUGUAGUCCUCCCAUCAGCGACACUGAGUCUCUCGUGUCUCUGCUCUCGCGGUAAAGCCACCCGGGAAUUUAAAUAUGGAAUAAAUACUAAAUAUAGCAGACUGAAAAUAUGUUGCUGCUGAGGUAUGAUGAUACUUCUAUUCAUGAGUUCUUUUAUACCCAAUUAUAGUAAUAAUGAAAUUCUGUUUCAUAUGAACUUGGAUUAGUGUCCCCAAAAAAUUACUAAAACUAAAAAUACAAGAUGUAAACAACAAAUAUAUUUGUGAUGAAAGUUUUGUUAAGUUGGCAAA